UCAAGUAUUUAGACGUUAAUGGUAUUUGGCUAAAGUUGGUAGACGCAACCGCACGCAAAAUUAAAAGCGCAAUAAAAAUAAAAAUGGCCGAGUUAAGGAAAUCUGAAAAAAUUGGCAUUGUGGGCAGUGGCCUCAUUGGACGCUCUUGGUCCAUGCUGUUCGCUUCGGUGGGUUAUCAGGUAAUGCUGUACGAUAUAAAGCCGGAGCAGGUGCAGGGGGCUUUGAAGGCUACACAAACGGAGCUGCUGGAGCUGGAGACAAAAGGUUUGCUGCGUGGCAAGCUGAAUGCAACGCAACAGUUCAGCUGCAUGAGCGGCACGAAUGAUAUCAAGCAGCUGGCCAAGGACGCUAUUUUCAUACAGGAAUGCAUACCAGAGAAUUUGGUGUGGAAACAGGAGCUUUUUAAGCAGCUGGAUGCUGUGGUUGAAAGUCACACCAUUCUCUCCAGCUCCACGAGCACUUUUCUACCCUCGCUAUUUACAGCGGAGCUAAAGCAUAAACAUAAUACUAUUGUCUCGCAUCCCGUCAAUCCGCCAUACUAUGUGCCGCUGGUGGAAGUAGUGCCCGCGCCCUGGACGAAGCCCGAGGUAGUGCAAAGGACACGCGCCUUAAUGGACGAGAUUGGGCAGAAACCAGUGACGCUAUCGCGUGAAAUUGAAGGCUUUGCCUUGAAUCGCAUACAGUAUGCGAUUCUAAAUGAGACCUGGCGACUGGUUGAGUCCGGCAUACUUGAUGUUAAGGACAUUGACAGCGUUAUGAGUGAUGGUCUAGGCAUGCGCUAUGCGUUCCUCGGUCCGCUAGAAACAGCGCAUUUGAACGCAGAGGGCAUGGCCAACUAUUUUGAGCGCUACUCAAAGACCAUACAUGCGGUCAGCGAGACCAUGGGACCCACGCCUAAAAUGGAAGGAUCUACAGCUGCAGAUAUCUCCAAGCAGCUGAAUGAAAUGGUGCCGCUGGACAAGCUUGUGGAGCGACGUGCCUAUAGAGAUAACUGCUUGACACAUUUGAGCAUACUUAAGAAUAAGCUAAACAAGAAGGAUUAAGCUUAACGCUAAGACUUGAAGUUCAAACAUUUUGGCAAUUUUUAGCAAGCAUUUGUCCAUAGUACAUGUAUUGUUAACAUAUGUAUAUCGUUAUAUUCUAAAAGGUUAAACUAUAGUAUACAUUUCCAUUUCGAGGCAGUUAAAGAGUACAUAAAGUAGAGUAACAAGUAAAAUAAGCAGGAAACAUAAAAAAAUAUUCAAU